AUGAAGUCGCUCGAAAAACACAUCGAGGACUACUUCCGGGCUUUGCGUCUAUGCCAGGCGCGUCAAUGGGACGCAGCGAUCACCACCGCCAAGCGCAGCCUAACUGACCCGUCUCUGCCUCGACAAUGGCAGGUCGAAGACUGCGUCAUCGUAUGCUCCGCCACGGAUGACUGGGAAGAAGCUGAGCGGUUUCGUGAAGCAGCUGAAGCGGUCUACAACACAUCCAGAAUUCAGGCGACCCCCUCCCAAAAAGCAGAAGCCACACUCCGCGACAUGCGAAGCAUUCUUGACCAGAUCAAAGCCGGGCAGGACGCAGAGCCACCAGAGGAGACGAAGGUCGAUGUGGAGAAUGACAGCCAUGAUGCAGAAGAAACCGACGAGGAUGACGACGAGCUGGACGAUUCCGAAGAUGACGAGCUGAAUGACUCCGAAGACGAAGCCGUAAACCGCGAACCAGAUCCGCUUAAGGUAAUACGGGGGACAUUGGUGAUGCACAUGCCAGCCAGAUCUCUAGAAUCGUCAAGCGACUCCGAGCCCGACAGCAAUCCGGAUGUCUGUGUCUGUGCCUGA